GUCCUUUCUCUCAUAGGCGAGCUGCGGUGGAAUGGAGGCGAGAACUACAAAUCCCAGCAGGGCUUGCGGCUCUUCCCGUGAAACUUUGUUUUGGAGAGGGCGGGUGUUGAAGCCUGGAAGAUGGCGUCGGGCCUGAGUGGAAGCGGCGGCGGGGAGAGCCGGCUGGUGUCGCUGCCUUUGUCUCGAAUCCGAGUGAUCAUGAAGAGCUCGCCGGAGGUCUCCAGCAUCAACCCGGACGCCAUUUUCCUCACCGCCAAAGCCACGGAGUUGUUUGUCCAGUACUUAGCUACACAUUCCUACAAACACAGCCAAGGCAAGGAGAACAAAGCCUUAACCUACAGCGAUCUGUCCCGCACAGCAGAGAAGUCAGAAACAUUUCAGUUCCUUGCAGAUAUCUUGCCAAAGAAAAUCUUAGCUAGCAAAUAUCUCAAAAUGCUAGAGAGAGAGAAGGAGGGAGAGGAAGAGGAGGAGGACGAAGAAGAGGAGGAGGAGGAAGACGACGAGGAAGAAAGUGAAAACGAAGAAGCAUCUUGAGUGUGACAAGACUGAAUCUACUGCAGUUAAUUUCAGAGGCUCGUGAUCAGUGUCUCUGGCAAUCUGAUAUCUAACAAAUGGAUUCUCAAAGUAUGUGAAGACUGUGCAACACCUGUUGCAGUAUAUGCAAGAAAUUAAGAUGCAACUGACCUAGCUGAUAUUGGCUCCAAUAUAGAAGUUCAUCUCCUCUGCUCAUAUUGGGCAAUUCUCAAAAGUCAAAUCGCCGAAGAGUGUUUUUGUUUAUUUAACAUGCCAGAAUUAUGGCUGUCCUUUCCUACAAGUUAGGGAAGUAAGAACUUUUUGUGAAUUCCCUAGAAGGGAAAUAGUUCUACGUAGUAACUAUAUAGACCAACCUGGAGUUCUGUCACAAGGCUGUUUGUGCAGCCUUAACAGGACUUAGAAGAGGGAACUGGUUUUCCAUUGCCAAUUUUUGAUUGUAAAGAUAAGAGUGGUGCUUAAACAGGGGGAAAGCUGCACCCCACUGUCUUAUGUAAAUAUAUAUAUUUUCAAGAGUCAUUGUAUAGAUUUAAAGCAAAUAUUGGACUAGGACAUUUUUUACUUUAGGAAAUGGACACCUGUCCAGCAAGAUUCAUUUCCAUUUGAAACAGCUAGUAUAUUUUUUAGUAGUGACAUUUGUAGAACCUUGAACACUUCCUUUGUAAAACUAAGUUUUAUAAAACAGAUAUGUGACCAA